UUCCGCCCGGGAAUCCGCCGAUCGGUCCAGCUCCAGCUCCGCCGAUUCAAACUCAAAAAAGAUAUAAUAUUAAACGUUUUUUGGACAGUUUAAGGGACGCGUAGCACCGAUGGAAGAGUCUGCAGCUCCCAGGAGGCCCCACGCGGCCGCAGGUGCCGAGGCAGGUGCUGAGGGGGGGGAGGGUGUGUCUGUUCCCCCCCUUCCCGAAUUUGAGGCUUCUGGAGCCUCUGCGGUGGUUAGUUCAGCCUCUGUGCAAGAGGCAUCGGGCCUGGCACCCUUUCUUGUGGUUCCUGUGCUUGAAAACCGUCGCACGGCGAGUCCUCGGCUGGCUCCAGCCGAAGGGGGCGGAGCCCGGUCUCGUUCUGAGCGCAACAGCGGCAACUGGACCAAGCAAAUCCUCUGCAGGUAUUAUCUGCAUGGGCAGUGCAAGGAGGGCGAUAACUGUCGCUAUUCUCAUGACUUCUCUGGGCGGCGGAAAGCUAGGGGGGGCCAAGAUUCUCAGCCUCGGGCCUCUGCAGAUAGAGGGCCCAAGAUGGCCACUGAGUGGGAGCCCCCGACUCAGGAAGUGGCGGAAGCCCCCCCUACUGCAUCCUUCAGCUUUUUGCCUCUCAUUGGCUCGGCUGCUGAAAGGGGCUUCCCUGAAGCUGAGAUUGGCAGCGCAGGCAUUGGCUCAGCUGCUGAAAGGGGCUUCACUGAAGCAGAGAUUGACAAUGCAGGCCUGGCAGCAGCUGCUACGGGAGGAGCGGGUGCGGAAGGCUGGGAGGGGGCAAUUGAGUUUGUUCCUGGACAGCCCUACCGAGGUCGCAUGGUCCCCCCGCAUGGUCCCGAGGCUCCUCUGAGGAGCCCGCCAAUUGACAGAGAGCACAUGGUUAUGGGCAUGGGGAUGCUGCUGCCGCUUUGCCGCUUUGCUGCCCGGGGAGAAUGCCUCCGUGGGGAGCGCUGUGCAUACCCCCAUGGAGAAAUGUGCGACUUGUGCGGGCAGCAGGCCUUGCACCCUUGGGAUGCGGCCCAGCGGGAUGUGCAUAGAAGGGCCUGCAUUGAAGCCCAUGAGAGAGAUAUGGAGCUCUCCUUUGCUGUGCAGCGCAGCAUGGACAAAGUGUGUGGCAUCUGCAUGGAGGUUGUCUAUGAGAAAGCCGACCCCAGGGAACGCCGCUUUGGCAUCCUUUUCAGCUGCAACCACACCUUCUGUCUUAGGUGUAUCCGCAGGUGGAGAAGUGCCACACAGUUUGAGAACAGGAUCAGUAAGUCCUGCCCACAGUGCAGGGUCUCCUCUGGCUUUGUCAUUCCUAGUGAGUUCUGGGUGGAAGAGGAAGAGGAGAAGGAGAAACUUGUUCGGCAAUAUAAGGAGGGAAUGAGCCACAAAGCCUGCAGGUAUUUUGCUGGAGGCCUAGGUCACUGCCCAUUUGGAGAAUUCUGUUUUUACAAGCAUGAAUAUCCCGAGGGCUGGUUUGAGCAUUUUCCGAGGCCAGAUGGUGGUGGACCGUCAAACGCAUACUGGCAUCAAGUUUUGGAGCCCGUGCAAUUGCGAGAGGGAAAAGUGCUGUUUAAAAGCCGUAAAAAGGAGCUUUCUGUACUUCGCCUUGCCAAUCAGUUGCUUAAGAAGUUGCUUUGCCUGAGAGGCAGUUUUUCCUUCACUGAUGACCGCUGGCUCUUUCUUCAGUACCAGCUGGAAGAAUAUUUCAAUUUGAAUCUGUAGUAUCAUGCUGUGGCAUGUGGUCUAGUCUGCUAAGGCUCUGUUGUCUGCUGUUGCUUAUUUCCCUUUACUGAAUGACAAACCUAUUGCUUUCAAAGGCUGUUGUGGCAAUCUUUAUGCAGUAUUCCUGUUUUCUUCUCUAUUUCCCAUUUCUUCUCACUAGGAUUGUGAUGUUUCUCUGUGUUGCAAAAUAACAAGAAAUCUUAAAAGUAUUGUUUGGUGGAAUUAAUAUUUCUGUCAGCUGAUGACUUGUGGUGUUUUCCCAACAGGAUUCAAUCACUUCUAGUCUAGUGUUUACAGUUUCUCAUUGUGAAGUCCCUUAAGAGUAAAUGUGACAAGGUGACAAAAGUCUUUAACUGAAUUAUGAGCUUUUGCUAUAUAGCCUUAAAAAAAAUGGACCCUUACAGGGCCUUGCAGCUGCUGUCUGUGUUUGUUUACAUGUCUGUUUCUUCCCUUCUCUUUCAAGUGCACUUGUUAACUUGUGGUUGCUUUGUGGUUCUGUUUUACUUGACCAAAAUGAGGUGCAUAUGUUUACAUGUUUUUAUCCUGUUUGGCUUGAUGUGAAAUUAUUUAUAUUUGGAAAUAUAUAUUUAAGAGUGAUAUAUAUAUGCGUAUAUGUAUACAAAGAUGUACUUGAAAACGUUGGAAACAAAUACCCACUAUAAUAUAUAUGUUUGAAGUAAUGAAAUAAAUGCAGACUGAAAGCCUAAUGUUAAAGUCUAGAUGUAUGGACUGUGUGUGAAUUGUGUGGAUAAUUUCUCUGCCCCUGCACUGAUGUCAGUGAUCAGCAUCUAAUAAAAAUGACUGCUAUGUG